AGGCGCAGCACGGUCGCCGCCGCCGCUGUCGGUGCUGGAGAUCGCGGCUCGGCGCAGGCGGCGACCGUACCUCCUCUCCUCCGCCAGCCCGCGCGCCGGUCCGCCUGCCUGGGCCGCCUCCCGCCUCCCGCCGCAGCCGCGCAGCCGCCGCAGAACCCGCGGCGCCGCCGCUCGCGCUCCAGAUUCUGCCACUUACUGGGAAAACAGCAACAGAAGGAUAUUAAGGAGCUGCUCCUGUAAUUUACCAAGAUAGCCCCAGCAAGGUCAAAGACAUAUUGUGUCCCAAAGAGAAAAGCUGCAGGCAUCUGAGGAUAAACCACUGUGAAACAGCUUUGACCAUAAAGCUGACUUGGAAGACUUUGACUCCAAGGUGCAAGGUGGUUUGGAUACCCUCAAUAUUUGACUGCCCUUUUCUAGUCAAACCUGAUUCAUGAAAUGGAAUGAAGCUGAAAAAUCAUCUACUUCUUUGUGGAUUUGAGAGAAGAUUGGGAUGGUCUUAAGUGCAUAAAACUAGACUUUAACUGCAGCAAUGAGUUCAGAUGAGAAGGGCAUCUCCCCUGCUCACAAAAUAUCCACUCCGACUCAUAGAAGUGCCUCCUCUUCAACAACCUCCCAAAGGGACAGUAGGCAGAAUAUUCACAUACUGGAGAGGACUGCUUCCUCUAGCACCGAGCCCUCUUUAAGUCGGCAAUUACUAGAACCGGAGCCAGUUCCCCUCUGCAAGGAAGCUGACAGCUGGGAAAUUAUAGAAGGGCUGAAAAUAGGCCAAACCAAUGUCCAGAAACCAGACAAACAUGAGGGCUUUAUGCUGAAGAAAAGAAAAUGGCCUUUAAAAGGCUGGCACAAGCGUUUUUUCGUCCUGGAUAAUGGGAUGUUAAAGUAUUCGAAGGCACCACUCGAUAUUCAAAAAGGAAAGGUCCAUGGGAGCAUAGAUGUUGGACUCUCAGUCAUGUCAAUUAAAAAGAAAGCCCGAAGAAUAGACCUUGACACGGAAGAGCACAUCUAUCAUUUGAAGGUGAAAUCCCAGGACUGGUUUGAUGCAUGGGUCUCGAAACUGCGACAUCAUCGCUUGUAUCGUCAGAAUGAAAUUGUGAGAUCACCAAGAGAUGCUAGUUUUCACAUAUUUCCUUCAACUUCCACAGCUGAAUCCUCACCAGCUGCUAAUGUUUCUGUAGUGGAUGGAAGGAUGCAACCAAACAGCUUUCCAUGGCAGUCCCCUUUACCGUGCAGCAAUAGCCUCCCAGCAACCUGCACAACUGGCCAGAGUAAAGUGGCAGCCUGGUUACAGGACUCGGAGGAGAUGGACAGGUGUGCAGAAGAUCUUGCACAUUGCCAGUCAAACCUUGUGGAACUUAGCAAACUCCUGCAAAAUUUGGAAAUACUUCAGAGAACUCAGUCAGCACCUAACUUUACUGACAUGCAGGCUAACUGUGUAGAUAUUUCAAAGAAAGACAAGCGGGUCACAAGACGAUGGAGAACAAAAAGUGUCAGCAAAGAUACAAAAAUACAACUGCAGGAAGGGCCACCUGCGAAAGGCCAGUUCAGCACAACUCGGCGCCGGCAGAGGCUAGCGGCAGCGGUGGCUACAACAGUUCCUUUCAGUGCUACCAUGUCACCAGUUCGCUUGCAUUCCUCCAACCCCAACCUUUGUGCAGAUAUUGAUUUUCAGACUCCCCCUAGCCACCUCACUGACCCUCUGGAGAGUUCAACAGAUUAUACGAAGCUGCAGGAAGAAUUUUGUCUAAUCGCACAGAAAGUGCAUUCUCUUUUGAAGUCUGCGUUUAAUAGCAUAGCUAUAGAGAAGGAGAAGCUGAAGCAAAUGGUUUCUGAGCAGGAUCACAGUAAAGGCCACAGCACGCAGAUGGCGCGGCUCCGACAGUCACUGUCUCAGAGUGAAGGAGCAAGCAAAUCCUGGGCACUCAACCAGAAUGCUGAACUAAGGAGUCGGUUGAACAGAAUACAUUCAGAGUCUAUUAUUUGUGAUCAGGUUGUCAGUGUAAAUAUUAUUCCUAGCCCUGAUGAGGCUGGUGAGCAAAUCCAUGUCAGUCUCCCCCUAUCACAGCAAGUAGCCAAUGAGAGCCGCCUCUCUAUGUCAGAGUCUGUUUCUGAGUUCUUUGAUGCCCAAGAGGUGCUUCUCUCUGCAAGUUCAUCAGAGAAUGAGGCUUCAGAUGAUGAGUCUUACAUCAGUGAUGUGAGUGAUAAUAUAUCUGAAGACAACACCAGUGUUGCAGACAAUAUUUCUCGGCAAAUCCUGAAUGGGGAGCUGACAGGAGGGGCCUUCCGAAAUGGGCGUCGAACAUGCCUGCCAGCUCCUUGUCCUGACACUAGUAACAUUAACCUGUGGAAUAUCUUGAGGAACAACAUUGGCAAAGACCUGUCUAAAGUCUCCAUGCCUGUGGAGCUAAACGAGCCACUCAACACCCUGCAGCACCUCUGUGAGGAAAUGGAAUACAGCGAGCUCCUGGACAAGGCUUCAGAAACUGAUGAUCCAUAUGAGCGCAUGGUUCUCGUUGCUGCAUUUGCAGUUUCAGGAUACUGCUCCACGUAUUUCAGAGCAGGAAGUAAGCCAUUCAACCCAGUCCUUGGGGAGACCUAUGAAUGCAUUAGAGAAGACAAGGGAUUCCGAUUUUUCUCAGAACAGGUUAGCCAUCACCCACCCAUUUCUGCCUGUCACUGUGAAUCAAAGAAUUUUGUGUUCUGGCAAGAUAUCAGAUGGAAAAACAAGUUCUGGGGGAAGUCGAUGGAAAUCCUGCCUGUUGGAACACUGAAUGUCAUGCUUCCAAAGUACGGAGAUUACUAUGUGUGGAAUAAAGUCACCACUUGUAUACACAACAUCCUCAGUGGGAGAAGAUGGAUAGAACAUUAUGGAGAAGUAACCAUUAGAAAUACCAAAAGCAGUGUUUGCAUUUGCAAACUCACAUUUGUCAAGGUGAAUUAUUGGAAUUCUAACAUGAAUGAAGUCCAGGGAGUGGUGAUAGAUCAGGAGGGGAAGGUGGUGCACCGGCUGUUUGGAAAGUGGCAUGAAGGACUCUUCUGCGGUGUGGCCCCCUCUGCAAAGUGUAUUUGGAGACCAGGUUCCAUGCCAACCAACUAUGAGCUUUACUAUGGCUUCACGAGGUUUGCUAUUGAGCUCAAUGAGUUAGAUCCAGUACUAAAAGAUCUCCUUCCAUCAACAGACGCCCGAUUCCGGCCAGAUCAAAGAUUUUUGGAAGAAGGAAAUUUAGAAGCUGCAGCAUCAGAGAAGCAAAGAGUAGAGGAACUCCAGAGAUCUCGGAGACGAUAUAUGGAAGAAAAUAAUCUUGAACAUAUACCAAAAUUUUUUAAAAAAGUUAUUGAUGCCAAUCAAAGAGAAGCCUGGGUUUCUAACGACACCUACUGGGAGCUUCGAAAGGACCCUGGGUUUAGCAAAGUAGACAGCCCUGUUCUUUGGUAGACUGGGAAUGUAGAGCUAGCCAACAUAUCACACUCUGAAUGAAUAAAUAACUAUGCACAAUUAUGUUUCUUAUAGCUACGUGUGAUUUCUGGGUCAACUGAAAACCUACCAUUUGCUUUUCUAUUCAUCUUUAUAAUGGACUUUCAGAAGUGCAUUAGACAAGGCCCCUAGCCACUUUUGGAUCCCUUCUGUUUUGCUGCAACCAUAUUCCUUAAAAAACAAAAAAAAAAAAAAAAAACCCAUACCCUCCUUGGAAAGCAGAAUAAAAGGAGCAGAAUAUAAAAUCCAAAGUCUGAAGAGUUUGUACAGAAAAACAAAUGGUAACUGGUGCUUAAAGCUGAUCGAGAGAGUUAACAACAACAUAGAAACCACGCGGUGUUCCGCUGUCUGGAAGCACCAUCCCCUGUCGCAGGACUCCUGGGCCACAGCAGUCGGUCAGUGCAGACUUCAAGUGUGUCUGUUUGAUGUGGUGUGAUUGUGCUGGCCUUGUCGAAAAGAUGUGAUGCUUCUCAGAACCUGUUCCAUCUGUAUGCCAUUGUUCAUGCCUUAAGAAAUGCAAAGAUGUACAAUAAAUCAUUUUUUAAAUGUGUGCCCAUAGGUUUAUGUGAAGAACAGAUUUUUUGAAUCAUGGCAUGAUUCACUUUCUCAAUCAGAACAAUUAUGAGACUAACUUAAAUGGAUUUUUUAAAAGUGAACAACACGUGCUUUACUUUGAUAAGUCAGUUACUAUAUCGUAUGUCUGAAGGGAAAGAAGGAAAAGGUGUGCUAAGUAAUCUCUGUAUUCACGUUGCUCGUUAAUUUCCUGUCCUGCGUCCAGAUAAUAAACCAUCCCUCUUCCACCUAACCUCACAGUGUGCCCUAUUAUUUGGAAAAAUCUAUCUUUGAUUUGGACAUUUGUCAUCCAUGUUAAAACCUUAAAAGGAAAUAACAAAAAGCAUAUGGAAUUCCUGUGUGGGCUUAGUAGUACUAUAAAUGUAACUGUUAUUGAGUGAAGCACCAUGUAAUCCACGUCUCAAUCCCAUGGCCACCCCACUGGUACUAGUUGAAUUCCACUGAGAACAGAAGCAAGAAUGCUAGAAGCUUAAAUUUGCAUUGUUUAAAUGAAUUCUAUGCAAAAUCAUAUUUCAAAUUUCCAUCAAGUGAUUCCGUAUGGUACAUGACUACAUUUUAUUUACCUUGCUAUUGGCAGAGAUAUAAAACUUAAGCUAAGGAAUUUAUCCAUCCCAAAGCAAGGAAGCAGAAGUGUGUUUUGCAUACUUCAGGAUUUGUGUUUCCUCCACUAAUAUACAGAGGCUUUCGCAGGAAACUUGCAUCAAUAUUUCUGAGUUUUUGCACGUAGAUGACUAUAUAAAUGCCUGUAUGUUUUUUUAAAAAAAAUCUCCUCAGAGAUUUUCCUAGGGAAUUAUAAAAUUACAUAUAUUUUAUUCUUAGUUAGAUGUUUAUUCUUAGAUCUUACCAUCAGAACUUAAGUGUUAUUUAAAACUCUGAUACAGUUAUGGACACUUUACAUUUUAUUACGAGGUGUUGAUUUUAGUGUCAUUUCACCUCAGCAAAGCCUUCCUAAUAAUGGCUAAUAAACCAUCAAAUGAAAAACUGCUGAUGAGCGCGUAAGGGAAAACUCUGAAGUUUCCACUAGAUGGAGCAAUCUUUUAGUUAUCUAAAACUACUCCCUUGCAUCUGAGUUUUUAUAUGUUAUGUGUACAGUUUGCAUUAGUUUAGAAUGGAAUUUCAUUCUCAGGUAAAUUCUCAAAUCCAUCACCAGAUCUAAGCAUUCUGCGUCAACAAUACCCUCUCUAUUCCUUUCAUUCCCAUUUUAAAUCCAUAGGUGGCUUGCCCUGUGGUAGUAAAAUCUUUUCCUUGGUAUUGAUUCUUUUUCUGCUCACUCAUCUUGAUGUUCUUUUAUCUGCAUCUGAAGAUACAUGCCUUUAAUUCUAAUUAGAAUCCUAUUAACUUCCGCAUGGAAGUCUGUUCUCUUAUGGUUGGUAAAGCUUUAAAUACUAUUUAAAGCGGUUCUGGUCUAUACUUACUUGCACUUCCCUGAACAGUCUCAAAAUAGCCUAAACACAAGAAAAGCAUCUUGCAAGUAAAGGUUUUACAAGCAGAGAUGUGGGAAAGGGAGACAUCAGUUGACCAUCAGAUGUGGAAUCAGUCAGGCAGCUGGAAGAGGACCCAGGACCCAUCAGGGAAGCAAUGACUAUACCUAGCAAUUUGCAUUAUAAUUACAAAAAGAAAAAAUAGUAGAAAGGAUCUUUACCAGGCAGUAAGGUCGUGGUACAAAUCAGGUGAGUGAAUGUUGGUCAGAGCUAGCCUGACACUCUGAUGAGGACUAAAAGAUGAGAAUGAGAAAAAUGUCAAAUUAAUUAAAAUCACCACAUUUGAUAAUAUCCAGAUUUAGAAUUUGGGAUUCAGAUAUUCUGAUUAUUCCAAUUCAAGUGUUCAGUUAAGUUUUAGAUACUAUUCCUAUAAUAUCCCAAUUCACUAAUAAUCAUAUUUCCUGUGGAAUACUCAUUGGUAUGAUGGUGUCAUCCCCUUUUCUCUUUUACUUUUUAUUGACGUGGUGGUUAUAAAACUAUGAGACUUACCCUAUCAGAAUUUUUAUCUAUGUAGUAUUUGGGCUUUCAAGACUAAAUAGCAAAAGGGUAGAAUAUUAGAUCAUUCUCUUAAUAAGACCUGAUUUAUUCCUUAGGAUGUUAUAUAGAUCUUUUUAUUUCAGGCCUACUUUCUUGUUUUAUCCUAAAAGGAUCUAGGAUAGGGAAGGAUGUAGUAUGCCUGUAUACUUCCCCCAUGGUUUAUUCAUAAGCUGCUCCAUCUCAUUGGAGAUGGUCAUUAAGGAGAGUAUUAAUAAGUGAUGAUGAUUCUGAGGAGUUGGCUAGACUGAACAGAUCAAUGGCACACACCAGCACUGGCAGAGUCUGACCAGAAGCUCAUCGAUUCCAUGUGCUGCCACCCAGAGUGCAGACUUACUUUCCAGUUUUGCUGUUAGUUUAUUGUUUUUCUUAAAUGAAGUCAUUCUUUUUCAUGGAUUAUUUUUAAAAUACCUACCCCAUAAUUUUCAGGUCGUUGUAAAGAUAACUUUUAAUGGUACAUAUCAUUUAAGAUAACUUUUAAUGGUACGUAUCAACUAUAUGUGAAGAAAAAAUGCAAUUAUCUGGGCAAGAAAAACCAAGGGAUUUUCAAUAUUGGUGUCAAUUUUCUAAAUCUUUUCUUCUAGAUUAUUCUGACCUUAGGCCUUUCAGCGACCCCACUAAUCAAUUAUUAGAUCCUGCCCCAAAGAGUAGUGGCAUGGGGGCUGGAUUUAGGGAGGAAAACCUGAUUAAAUUGUUUUGCUUAUAUACUGGUUCCAGCUGUAGCUAGAGAAGAGUUUAUAAUCAUAAAGUACCUUUUUGUUAUUAUCUUGUGGAUUUUAAUUAUCCAUUUUGUCUGAUCUUGUUCUGUGUCAUCCUAGAUAAUGAGGUGUUUGUGGGAGCAGAGCUCUGCACACACUGGGGGAUGAGAUAAAUGUUUGCACUUGGCCCAGUAUAUUAUGAAUGUGACACAGUAAAUAAAGUUUAUGUACAAAAUAUUAGUUUAUUUCUAUGGGAGCUAUUAUGUUCAGGAUAUAUAAAAUGUAUCUAAUUAAACAAUUAUGAAU